AUGUUGAAAUAUAUUUUAUUCUUUGCCGCGGCGAUUUGUUUGACUCAAGCCAAACAUGAAGAAUACUUUGGACAUUCUUUAUAUGGGGUCCGCGUCCACACCAUGGAACAGGCCCAACUUUUGAUUGGGUUGGUGGAACGUCUGUAUUUGGACAUAUGGUCGUACCCCAACCCACUGAAUGAGGGUCUCAUCCUAGUGGCUCCUAACAAAAAGGCUGAAUUCGAAAAAUUCGUCUUAGCUAUAAAUGCGACAUGCAGAAUUGACACUAUGAAUAUCAAAGAAAAACUGGACUUGGAAGAUCAGCUGAUGGAAGAAGCUCAUAAGAAGAGCAAUGCUAGCAGAUCUGAGAGAUUCGGUUUGUCCUUUGACGUCAUUCAUCGUUUUGCGGUGGUGGAUCGAUACCUCGUGGAUGUAGCCAACAGGUUCCCGAGAGUAGCUCGGGUGGUCUCCGCUGGAAGGAGUGUUGAAGGUCGUGACAUUAAAUACUUGAGAUUAUCCACUGACAACUUCACAAACAGAAACAAACCAGUCAUCUUCAUCCAAUCUCUUCUACACGCUCGUGAAUGGGUCACCCUCCCUGUGACACUGUGGGCCAUCCAGGAACUGGUGAUCAACGUCACUGAUCAGGAUCUGAUCAGAGACAUCGACUGGAUCAUCCUCCCAAUAGCCAAUCCUGAUGGAUAUGAGUUCUCCCACACCACAACCAGGAUGUGGCGCAAAAACCGGCGUCGGGGCCACCACGCGUCCUGCGUAGGCGUCGACCCUAACAGGAACUACGAUUACUUCUGGGGCACCGCUUCCAGCAGGGACCCUUGCAGUGAAACCUUCCACGGUCCCAGAGCCUUCUCAGAACCGGAGACGCAAAUCACCAGAAACAUCAUCAACGCCUUCAGAGACAGAAUGAGAUUGUACCUUGACAUCCACAGUUUUGGGAGCAUGAUCCUUUUCGGUUUCGCUGCACCCGCCCCUGGUAGAAUGCCCCCAAAUGUUGACACCUUGAGGUCAGUUGGGACACAAAUGGCUCGAGCGAUUGAUGCAGUUAAAUGGAGAAAUCACCCAAAUUAUAGAGUGGGUAACGUUGCACAACUGUUGUCAGUUGCAUCAGGAGGUGGUACUGACUGGGCUCUGCACGUCAUGCCGAACAGGCUGUCUUACGCUUACGAACUACCCGCGUACAGAAAUCAGAGAACCGUGAAUGGAUUCCUCGUUGAACCAGCUUUCAUCAGACAAGCUGGUUUUGAAACUUGGAGGGGUAUUAGAGUCGCAGCUCGCUUCGUUGUCCGCAAUAGGGCACUUUUUGAGGAUUAA